AUGUCAUCAACGAUCAACCACCUCCACCAUCACCACCGAAUCGACGGCCAGAUUUCUCCCCUCACUUCUUCCUGCCCUCAUCUAGCCGACUUCCGUUCCCGCAACGGCGCCAAGCCCUUUCGCGCCCUCCAGGACUGCCUCCGCGUCAAACCUCCCGGCGGCCGGGCCGGGAUCCGCCGCGAACCCUCCGAGGUCCCCCGCUGCGCAGCGUGCGGCGAUUCCUCCCCGUCGAGGCUCUACGCCUGCGUCGCGUGCGCAGCCGUCUUCUGCCACGCUCCCUCCGGCGGGCCCUCCCAUGCCUCCGCUCACGCCGCCUCGAUGCCCCUCGGCGGCCACGAGAUCGCGGUCGAUGUCGAUCGAGCCGAGCUUUUCUGCUGUGCCUGCCGCGAUCAGAUCUACGAUCGCGAUUUCGAUGCCGCCGUGGUCUUGUGUCAGUCCGCCGCGCUCAAGUCCGCGAUCACCGUCCAGUCGUCGGGGAACCCGGAGAACAUGCGGAAGCGGCGGCGGGUAGAUUACCGUCCCUGGUCUCCCGAUGUUCGCGAGCGUUUGCUGAUGGAUAAUGGAUCGAGCGUGUUGGAUUGCGAGAUCGAUCGGCCUCGAGGGCUUAGAGGGCUGAACAAUCUGGGGAACACUUGUUUUAUGAACUCGGUGUUGCAGGCCUUGCUGCAUACUCCGCCGUUGAGGGACUAUUUCUUGAGUGAUCGGCACAAUCGGUAUUACUGCCAGCUGAAGAACGCGGCAAGUGGUGGCGGGAAGAGGAAUGGCGGGAAUGGUGGUGGCGACAACAGCAAUGGGAUGAUUAAAGGUGUGAAGCUGUGCUUAGCUUGCGACGUGGAUGCGAUGUUUUCCGCUGUUUUUUCUGGCGAUCGCAAACCAUAUAGCCCCGCGAAGUUUUUGUACAGCUGGUGGCAGCAUGCGUCUAACUUGGCAAGCUAUGAUCAGCAGGAUGCUCAUGAAUUUUUCAUUUCUAUGCUUGAUGGAAUCCAUGAAAAUGUGGAGAGGGAUCGAGGAAAACCCCAGAGUCCAGGACAUGGAGACUGUUGUAUUGCACACAGGGUAUUUUCCGGCAUCUUGCGGUCCGAUGUCAUGUGCAUGGCCUGUGGUUUCACAUCCACAACAUAUGACCCAUGUGUGGACAUCUCACUCGACUUGGAGCCUCACCAAGUGACAGCUCAUGGAAAGACAUCUGCUAAAUCUCAUCCAUCUUCCAAUAGUGAAGCAAACGGCUUCAGUUCGACCCAAAUCCCCACGACAUCUACCCUGAUUGGAUGUUUGGACCGCUUCACCCGACCCGAACGAUUGGGGUCCGACCAGAAAUUCUUCUGUCAACAGUGCCAAGUGAGUCAGGAAUCCCUGAAGCAGAUGUCGAUUAGAAAGCUCCCAUUGGUCUCCUGCUUCCACAUCAAGAGAUUCGAGCACUCUCACACUCGAAAAAUGUCGAGGAAAGUCGAUCGGUACCUGCAGUUCCCUUUCUCGCUGGACAUGGCACCAUAUCUAUCUUCUUCCAUUUUGAGGAGUCGAUUCGGGAACCGGGUCUUCUCAUUCGAAGGAGAUGAUGGAGAUGACGUGGCAGCAAACGAGAUGUCCUCGGAAUUUGAGCUGUUUGCCGUGGUGACCCACUCGGGAAAGCUGGAUGCUGGUCAUUAUGUCACGUAUUUGCGGCUGAGCAAUCAGUGGUAUAAAUGUGACGACGCAUGGAUUACCAGAGUGAACGAGAAUGUGGUGAGGGCUGCGCAGGGGUACAUGAUGUUUUAUGUGCAGAAGAUGCUUUAUUACAGAGCGAGUGCCCAGGUAUGCCCAUCGUGAUACUGGAUAUACUACCAGGCAAGCAUGGAACCAGUUUUUGAUGCCGGGGAAGUAAGCCAGCUGGCAAUGCCGAUGCACGACAUGGUCACAAUGACAGGCAUUCGACGCCAGUCGUCAGUUUGCUGAAGCGUGCAGAGUCUGGUCAAGGCUCGUUCUGCAUACAGAAAAGAAUAAUCAAGCAAAUGGACUCUCUUCUUGAACACCUUCUACCGGGUGGUUCUGCUGGUGAUUUCGACUAUUGGUUUUAGGGUUACAAUGGCAGUUGCAGCAAUGGAUUCGUGGAAUAUUGGCUUCCUUUUUUGCGUCGAACUAUUUCGUUCUUCGAUUUCCUUUGCCUAUUCUAUUCUGUUGGUUGAAGAAAGCAUUGUUUUGGUGGUGGUGGUGGUGGGAUCAUAGUGAUGAUGUAUUACUGGUUUUUGGGUUGCCUUUUGUAUCACCAUCAGGAUCCCCAUUGGGAGUGUAGUAGUAAACUCGAUAUAGAACGUUGAUAUGGCGACAGUUGAAAAAUACUCCAAAAUUGAUACCUAUAGCUGCUAUAAUCAUCAAAUUCUUCUUGUUACGUCGUA